AUCAACUCAAAAUUAGGAAGAGUUAUAACGACGACAAUUAGUAAUAGACUCACAGAUUCGGCCAUUCGGGCUUCAUCAUCACUUCUUAACGACGACGACGACAAAAAAACUCUCAACCCUGUUUCUGAUCAGCUUCUCUACUUCUCUCUUCCAUGGCGACGACUCUCGCCGUCUGAAUUGGGGUGUGUGAAAAUCGAAGUGUAGAGGUUUGAAAUUAGGGGUUUGUAUUUGAAUAGUUAUGGAUGGGAAUAAGGAUGAUGCUUCUAGGUGUUUGAGAAUCGCCGAAGACGCCAUUGUUUCUGGUGAUAAAGAAAGAGCGUUGAAAUUUAUCAAGAUGGCUAAGCGUCUUAAUCCAAGUCUCUCUGUUGAACAACUUGUUGCUGCUUGUGACAAUCUGGGCUCAGUUUCAAAGAAUCCGUCUCUUGAUGAAAAGCUCAAAACUGUGGAUGGUGAUGAUAAGCUUGAGACUGGGAAGGGUGAUGAGAAAAAGAAGUAUACUGUGGAAAAUGUUGAGUUGGUUAGGAAUGUAAAUAGGAACAGUGACUACUACGCGAUUUUGGGUUUAGAGAAGAACUGUUCGGUUGAAGAGAUUAGAAAAGCUUAUAGGAAGUUGUCUUUGAAAGUUCAUCCGGAUAAGAACAAGGCACCUGGUUCAGAGGAGGCGUUUAAGAAAGUUUCCAAAGCGUUUACGUGUUUGAGUGAUGGUAACUCGAGGAGCCAGUAUGAUCAGGUGGGGUUUGUUGAUGAGUUUGAUCAUGUUGAGAGGCGGAAUCGUAGGCCCAGGAGGAGAUAUAACACGCGGAAUGGUUUCUUUGAUGACGAGUUUGAGCCAGAUGAGAUAUUCAGGUCGUUUUUUGGUCAACAACAACAACGAAACAUGUUCCGUGCUUCCCAUGCUUAUAGGACUAGACAAGCGCGUAACCAACCCCGACAGGAGGAGCCUAGUUUGGCUGGACCAAGCUGUUUGACGAUUAUUCAGAUUCUACCAUUCUUUCUACUUUUGUUGCUGGCGUAUCUACCCUUUUCUGAACCCGAGUAUUCUCUGCACAAGAGCACUUCUUAUCAGAUACCAAAGACAACACAGAAUAUGGAGAUUAGCUUUUUUGUUAGAUCAUCAUCAGCCUUUGAUGAGAAGUUUCCGCUCGGUAGCUCUGCUCGAGCUAACCUUGAGGGCAACGUGAUCAAAGAGUGCAAACACUUUCUUUUCCAGUCUUGUCGCAUGGAGCUCCAAAAACGCCGGUGGAACAAGAAGAUACCAACCCCUCACUGCAUUGAACUUCAAGAUCGCGGAUUUGUUGAUAGGCAAAUACCGAUAUGAUACCCGCCGAGGGCUGUCCAACAUUCCCUGAAGACAGCCUGAUCUUGAUGUUACAGAGGUUCCUGGGCUGAACGUAUAAACUGUAAUGUGUAGGGAGGAUAACAAUAAUAUUUCCUUUUUUUUGUCGCAUAUAGAGUUGAAGAUGAUAAUUCCUUGGAGAAUAUUGAGAACAACAAAGAAGAAAUGCUCAUAACAGAGGUACCUGUUGCAUACUCA